UUAAACCAUUGGAUUACAGUAAAUAGUCGGACGGAGCGAAGAACAGGAGGGCUGUCAGAUCGAAUUGAAAACGGUGACUCCCUGAGUUCAGAGAACCGCUCCUGUCAGGAACGGCCUCUCUCUGUCCGCGACACUGGGCGGCCCAUGCUCCCGCAGUGCACCAUGGGUAGCUCUCCAGAGGUGCUGUCAUGGGCGUCGUGCCCCAGCCUGCUUGUUGGCAAGCUGAAGGAGGAGCUAAAGAACACUGUGGUGGGGGACAGCGUUAAGAAAACUUCCUCUCCCAACACCCCAGCCCCUCCCCUUCUUCUACCCCCCCAGAUCAUCACAGAUCUAGCGCCUCCCACACACCUCCUGGUUCCCCUGAUGACGCUCGCCCCACCCCCAUGCCAGGACGAGGAGGCUAUGCUGGGCACCAGCCCACCAAUCACAGCGCUCAGUGAGGACUCUGGGCGGGAGCAGAGACAGUUUGACAACAGCGUGCUCCAAUUUCAGGAGCACGAGGAGGCGGAGUCACCGGCGUCAUGUGGCCAGGAGGGGUGUGGCAGCGGGGGCGAGGGGGAGGGGACAAGGGAGGGGUUGUGUCCCAUACACCAACACCACCCUGGGUCUGGAACCCACAACCACCCUCACCCCCAUGAUGACAUCAAACUGCACUUCCACAGAGCACCGGGAGGAGGGGGGUUCCUGGAGGGCCUGUUCGGCUGUCUCAGACCUGUCUGGAACAUCAUAGGGAAGACCUACAGCACUGAAUACAAGCUGCAGCAACAAGACAUGUGGGAGGUCCCGUUUGAGGAGAUCUCGGAGCUGCAGUGGCUGGGCAGCGGGGCACAGGGGGCUGUCUUUCUGGGGAAGCUCCAUGGCAAUGAGGUGGCCAUCAAGAAGGUCCGUGAGCAGAAAGAGACAGACAUCAAACACCUGAGGAAGCUCAAACACCCCAACAUCAUCGGCUUCAAGGGUGUGUGCACCCAGGCUCCGUGCUACUGUAUCUUAAUGGAGUAUUGUUCCCAGGGCCAACUCUAUGAGGUUCUGAGGGCCGGACGGAAGGUGACCCCCAGACUGCUGGUGGACUGGGCCUCAGGGAUCGCCUCUGGGAUGAACUACCUGCACCUCCACAAGAUCAUACACAGAGACCUCAAGUCACCCAAUGUGCUGGUGACCCAACAAGACACCGUGAAGAUCAGUGACUUCGGGACGUCCAAGGAGCUCAGUGAUAAGAGUACUCAGAUGUCGUUCGCUGGUACGGUGGCCUGGAUGGCCCCAGAGGUCAUCAGGAACGAACCGGUGUCUGAGAAAGUAGACAUCUGGUCGUUUGGCGUGGUGUUAUGGGAGCUGCUGACUGGAGAGAUCCCCUAUAAAGACGUGGACUCCUCAGCCAUCAUCUGGGGUGUGGGUAGCAACAGCCUCCACCUCCCUGUUCCCUCCACAUGCCCUGAUGGGUUCAAGAUCCUCAUGAAGCAGACAUGGCAAGGGAAGCCCAGGAACCGUCCGUCAUUCCGUCAAAUCCUACUCCAUCUGGACAUCGCCUCAGCUGAUAUCCUGGGAGCUCCUCAGGAGACCUACUUCAAGUCUCAGUCUGAGUGGAGGGAGGAGGUGAGGAAACACUUUGAGAAGAUCAAGUCUGAAGGAACCUGCAUCCACCGACUGGAUGAGGAGCUGAUCAAACGCAGGAGGGAUGAACUCAGACAUGCCCUGGACAUCAGGGAGCACUACGAGAGGAAGUUGGAGAGAGCUAACAACCUCUACAUGGAGCUGAGUGCCAUCAUGUUACAGCUGGAGGUCCGUGAGAAGGAGCUCAUCAAGAGAGAGUUGGCUGUGGAGAAGAAGUAUCCAGGUAACUACAAGCGUUCCCACCUGGUGCGGCCCAUCGUCAGGCCCAACGCCGUGGAGAAAUUCAUCAAGAAGAAAGGCUGCAUUUCCCACAAGACUGGGAUACCCCCUGUGAAGAGGCCGGACCUGCUGCGUUCCGAAGGUAUCCCCAGUGUGGAGGUGCUCCCAUCUCCCUCGCCCCACUCUACCAGCCCCAAGGUUUCCACACCACCUGGCAAGCAGAGGUACCGCAGCAAGCCUCGGCACCGCCGUGCCAACAGCAAGGGUUCCCACAGCGACUUCCCCGGGGUCCUGAAGACCGGGCCGGGGGCGGUGGCUACGGAGGAGCAACAACCCCUCGAAGACCACUACCAGCACCAACCUCUAGGGAAGCAGCACUACCAUCAUCCUGCCACCGGGCGUGCUGUCCAAGAUCACUACGAGCACCACCACCACCCCCCACCACAGGGCCCUCUGCUGCCCCUGAAGAACAGAGAGGAAGCGGUGGUCAACUGUGCCAACAACCUGCGUUACUUCGGCCCAGCCGCGGCCCUGCGGAGCCCCCAGACAGACCACCUCCAACGCCGCCUGUCCGGCACCAGCCCUGACCUCAUCUCUACGGCCGUGGUGUCAGACUCACGCCAGCGCAGCAUCUCUGUGUCAGGCCCCGGGGGGAGGGGUGGGACACUGUGCCCCUGCUGCCAGGCACACCCCUUCCCAGGCUGCCUGCACUGCCAGGAGACCCCCCCGGCCCGCAGCCACCCAGUGCUGCCACACUACUCCCUGCUGUCCACCUGUGAGGGCUCGUCCCCCUCCCUGUCCAGAGUACCUGACCCCACGGCAGAGGGAGAGCAGCAGGACAAGCAGGAUACAGCUCGGAAGAGCAGCUUACCCUCUGGAGCUGGCCUCCCACGCAACCUCAGGCCCCACAGGAAGGCUGGUGAUGAGUCGUCAGAGGAGGAGGAGGGGGAGGUGGACAGUGAGGUGGAGUUUCCACGGAGACAGAGACCACACCGCUGUAUGAGGUCGUUCCAGUCCUACUCCACCUUCAGCUCAGAGAACCUGUCUGUAUCUGAGGAAGAGGAGGGUAACACCAGUGACCGCUCCCACAGCGGACCCCUGGAGCUCCUUUCAGCCUCUCAGGAGGACCACCUGGAUGAGCUGCUAUCCCACACACCUGACAUCCCCAUCGACAUCAACACCCAGUCAGACGGCCUGUCUGAUAAGGAGUGUGCUGUCCGCAGGGUCAAGACCCAGAUCUCCCUGGGGAAACUGUGUUCUGAUGAGCACAGCUAUGAGAACCCGCUGCACUUUGACUCUGACUGUGAUUCCUCUGAUGCAGAGUGUUCUGAUGCCACCAUUAAGAACAACCAGCCUGGCGCACACACCUCCUGGUGAUCAGCCUCCCCAUGGAAUAUCCUGGGGGCCACUCGGCCCUCCCGUCUGCUUGGAAAAACUCUGGGCCCCAGGAGCCUACAGGGCCAUAGCAACGCCCCUGCAAUAGAUCCUCCCCCUACUUCCUCACUGCAUAGCAUCCCCAUUCCCCCCAGACAACCUAAGCAGGGAUCCCUUUUGAAUGAUAUUAGAUAUAUAUACCGUAGAUAGAUGAUUGUGUAACAGUUUGAGGGAAAAAUCAGGAACUCUGUAAAACUUAAGAAGAAACAACAACAAAACUGUUAAUUGUAAGAUACUGGUGAGGAUGAUGAUGAUGAAGAGGACGCAGUGCAGCUUGGACCAGCCAGAGACUAUAAACUAACCAGUGGGUAACAGUGACUGUGUUACUGUAGGGCUGGGCAGGAUGCUGCUGUACUGUGUGUGUGUGUGUGUGUGUGUGUGUGUGCGUGUGUGUGUGUCAGGUGCUGGUCUCUCAGGCCACUGGCAGUACUCCAGAACAGUACAGUGAGUACGUUUACAUGCACACUAAUAAUUCGAUAUUAAACUGAUUAUGCCAGUAGGCAGAUUAUGCAAUAGUCAUGUAAACACCUUACUCUGCUUAUCUUAACUGGCGUAAGGUCAAAAUGGAAGGAAGUAUACACCGAUUAAAACACCUGGUUUUCUGAGCCAUCUGUUGAAUUACUAGGUCAACAACUUAAUCAUUCCUACAGUGUGUUUGAUCUGACAUGUGCUGGCACCAGCCGAGUGGGCCUCCCUCUUGAGGGAAGUGAGUGGGCCUCCCUCUUGAGGGAAGUGAGUGGGCCUCCCUCUUGAGGGAAGUGUGUGGGCCUCCCUCUUGAGGGAAGUGAGUGGGCCUCCCUCUUGAGGGAAGUGAGUGGGCCUCCCUCUUGAGGGAAGUGAGUGGGCCUCCCUCUUGAGGGAAGUGAGUGGGCCUCCCUCUUGAGGGAAGUGAGUGGGCCUCCCUCUUGAGGGAAGUGAGUUCGGGACAACUGAAUGUAUGCGUCAUUGAAGUAGUUUUCACAUACAAACUUUAUAUGUCCGAACACAGAAUCAAAUAUGCUUCCCAAAAAUAACACGGUAAUGACAUGUGGUACGGAGUUUAUUUUGAUUGCCGAUGUUCUUUAUUCAUCAUAUUGCCAUCAGGCAGCCUGAUUUCAGAUGUGUUCAUGUAAACAGGAUUAUUAUGGAAAUCUUUCUUCUUGCAAAGCAGGUAAACAUUUUAAACAAACUAUUAUAUUAAUCUGACUAUCCACAAUAAUCACAUUAUUGUGUACAUGUAACCGUACUCAGUGAGUAUUCCAGAAUGGGACUGUCAGUAUUCCAGAACAGUACUGUCAGUAUUCCAGAAUGGGACUGUCAGUAUUCCAGAACAGUACUGUCAGUAUUCCAGAAUGGGACUGUCAGUAUUCCAGAACAGUACUGUCAGUGUUCCAGAUCAGUACUGUCAGUAUUCCAGAAUGGGACUGUCAGUAUUCCAGAACAGUACUGUAGGUAUUCUAGAACAGUGCUGUCAGUAUUCCAGAAGGGGACUGUCAGUGUUCCAGAAUGAGACAGUCAGUGUUCCAGAUCAGUACUGUCAGUAUUCCAGAAUGGGACUGUCAGUAUUCCAGAAUGGGACUGUCAGUAAUUCCAGAAUGGGACUGUUAGUAUACCAGAAGGGGGCUGUCAGUAUUCCAGAAUGGGACUGUUAGUAUACCAGAAGGGGGCUGUCAGUAUUCCAGAACAGUACAGUAUUCCAGAAUGGGACUGUCAGUAUUCCAGAGCAGUACUGAUGAUUCUAACUGUGUGAAUAGAACAUCAGAACACACAGCCUCCUGUCUUGUCCCACAGCCCAGCCCCCCACCAACCAUCGCUGUCUCUGUAACUGUCUGACCAGUCCAGUAUGAUAUAACCUACCUGCUAAACAUGACUUUACAGAUGAAUCAGGACUGUAACCUGACCCCCAGUGGGACACAGACAUGGGCGAAUAACGUCUAAACACCAGCAUGAAACAACAGCCCAACCAUCAACCAACGUUGUCCCAACCAUGUCCCAACCAUCAACCAACAUUGUCCCAACCAUCAGGGAUCCAUUUCAACACAGAUAGUUGGUUGGGAGAUGGUUGGUACAACGUUGGUUGUGAACCAGUACCUGGGCUUGAGGAGACGAGAUUUCCUGAUGCUCAGGAUCCUUCAAUUCAAAGUCCCAUUACCCAGCCCUGCAAACGGUAUAACAUGAAAAUACAUUCGGUUCUCAACCAGAAUAUGGAGUUUCUCAGAGCAACCAUCUGUGUUAAAAUGGAUCCCUGCAGCAUAACUGCACCACCUUAGCAUGUCUAUUUGGCUUGUAAGGACAGACUACCCAGAAGUCUGCAUGACUCAAAAAGAGCAGAAAAGCACAAGAGCAUUUUAGUUCUCUCCCAACCCAGCCAGUUCGACCUGGCUCCAGAGAAUCCUCCAUAACCAAGUAUCCAAUCUCGCUGUCCUGCAUCAAGUCAAGUCAUAACACCUGUAUGUCUCAACACCCUCGUGCACUGUGAUGUUAUGGUACAGUACUGUCUGUCUCCUGCUCAGGAUGCUCUUUCUGGACCAAGACUGGACCUAUAACGUUAUCGGGCCAAUACCGUGUUAUAUGUUGUUGAAUGGUACAGUGGACCAGGUAGAAAUGUUGAAGUGAAGUUGGUGUAAUAACUAGGUGGAUAGAUAGGUGGAACAUAGUUGCCACUGAGGUGCAGUAUCCCAGUUUUAUCAGGCCCCCUGAGUCUCCGUUUGUUCCAUGUCUUUCAGCAAGGUUGUUCAUCGGGCAUUGGUGCUUGUUACGCUAUGUUAUUGUCUGACAGAGGACCAGUCAGACACCAGACUGAAUGGUGUUACAGAGGGGAGAGUAGAGGCACAGUCAGACACCAAACUGAAUGGUCUGACAGAGGGGAGAGUAGAGGACCAGUCAGACACCAGACUGAAUGGUCUGACAGAGGGGAGAGUAGAGGACCAGUCAGACACCAGACUGAAUGGUCUGACAGAGGGGAGAGUAGAGGCCCAGUCAGACACCAGACUGAAUGGUCUGACAGAGGGGAGAGUAGAGGACCAGUCAGACACCAGACUGAAUGGUCUGACAGAGGGGAGAGUAGAGGCACAGUCAGAAACCAGACUGAAUGGUCUGACAGAGGACCAGUCAGACACCAGACUGAAUGGUCUGACAGAGGGGAGAGUAGACACCAGACUGAAUGGUCUGACAGAGGACCAGUCAGACACCAGACUGAAUGGUCUGACAGAGGACCAGUCAGACACCAGACUGAAUGGUCUGACAGAGGGGAGAGUAGACACCAGACUGAAUGGUCUGACAGAGGGGAGAGUAGACACCAAACUGAAUGGUCUGACAGAGGGGAGAGUAGAGGACCAGUCAGACACCAAACUGAAUGGUGUUACAGAGGGGAGAGUAGACACCAGACUGAAUGGUCUGACAGAGGGGAGAGUAGAGGCACAGUCAGAAACCAGACUGAAUGGUCUGACAGAGGACCAGUCAGACACCAGACUGAAUGGUCUGACAGAGGGGAGAGUAGACACCAGACUGAAUGGUCUGACAGAGGACCAGUCAGACACCAGACUGAAUGGUCUGACAGAGGACCAGUCAGACACCAGACUGAAUGGUCUGACAGAGGGGAGAGUAGAGGCACAGUCAGACACCAGACUGAAUGGUCUGACAGAGAGGAGAGUAGACACCAAACUGAAUGGUCUGACAGAGGGGAGAGUAGACACCAAACUGAAUGGUCUGACACAGGGGAGAGUAGACACCAAACUGAAUGGUCUGACAGAAGGGAGAGUAGAGGACCAGUCAGACACCAGACUGAAUGGUCUGACAGAGGGGAGAGUAGACACCAGACUGAAUGGUCUGACAGAGGGGAGAGUAGAGGACCAGUCAGACACCAGACUGAAUGGUCUGACAGAGGACCAGUCAGACACCAGACUGAAUGGUCUGACAGAGGACCAGUCAGACACCAGACUGAAUGGAACCACUGUCUAGACGGCUGGACAUACAGUUAGUGGAAGACAGACAGGCUUUUUAAACAGUGAGUCGUUUUCAUAAAUGACACCAACUUGGUAAAGUACUUCUUGCCUUUGCUGGUUUGAUGCUCAGGUUUUCAGUUGAAGAUAGAGUGUUGUUUUGGUUUUCUGUACUGUAACAAUCUAAUGUCUACUGGAUGGCUCCAGGUACAGUGGGUUAUGUUGCCUUGUAUUACAUAGCGUGGUCUCAUAACCGGCUCCAUUCCAUAUCUGCAUCCCAAAAUGGCACCCUAUUCCCUAUAUAGUGCCACUGGUCAACAGUAUAGAGGGAAUAGGGCGCCAUUUGGGACGCAUUCCUUUUAUAAUUUAGAAGACCAGCCGUCAGAAAGGAUUAUCAUUUUUCUCAUCUCCUCGCAGUCUUCCUUAGUGCUAGUAACACUCUGUUUGUGUCGUCCUCUUUUAAAAGGGAUACUGCAUCUUGUGUAACUAGUAACACUAGAAUCAUGUUACCCCUGUAUGUGUUUCAGUGUCUGUGUAAAACAUGUUUAUAUUUUUAGAUUAUGGCCAGUUAAGUCAAACAUCUGUAUGAAAAAUCGUCUGAAAUUAAAUGAAUGGAGAUCA